AUGGCUCCGCACGAAAAUAGCGACCACGACAGCUACGUGAGGUCGGGCUUCGCUGGAACAGUCGGCUGGGGAAACAAACCUGCGCUCUUACUCGUCGAUGUCUGCAAUGCGUACUGGAGUAAAGGCAGCCCUCUGGACACCAGCGAGAAUCCGGCUUCGGCGGCUGCACCUGCCUCGAUUGCGAAACUCGUUGACGCCGCCCGCAAGGGCCAGGUACCUCUGAUUUGGACCCGGGUCGAGUACACAGAGCCUGAUAUGUCGGAUGCAGGCAUAUUCUACUGCAAAGCGCCGCUGCUGAAAGUUUUUCUGAAAGGAAACGAGACCGGCUUGGAGAGCUGGGUGCCUGGUUUAGAGCCUAGAGACGGCGAACUCAUUGUCUCCAAACGGUAUCCCAGUGCAUUCUUCGCCACAGAUCUCAGUACGCGCCUGCAGUUGAAAGGUGUCGAUACACUGGUGAUCUGCGGCGUCAGUACAAGUGGUUGUGUGCGAGCGACUACUCUGGAUGCAAUGUGUCUAGGUUAUCGUCCCAUUGUAGGCCUUGGCAUUCGAAAUUUUGAAUCAGGCUCACCACCGCACAGGUCGUCAGUGAGGCUUGCGGAGAUCGGUCCAAAGCGGUACACGAUGCGAAUGUCUUCGAUAUCCAGGCGAAAAUGGCAGAUGUGGUGUCUGAAAGUGAGGCCGCAGAAAAGCUUAAAGCUGGCUGGAUAUAACAGAUAUGUCGUUAACAUCCCGAUUUACUCCGAAACGUGUAAUUCACGCAGUCAUUAA